AUGGAUUUUGAGGCUUCGAAUAAGAGACUGAGAGAUGAUUUUGAGCAAGGGCAAGCAGGGUCAAGUGGGUAUGGUCAGUUGCAGGUGCAGCUGCAGGUGCACAAUUAUGGCGCUAAAAGGCAGCGCAUCGAUCCAGCACAAGAAUUGAUUAAUAAUGUUUGCAAGGAUAUAAGAAGACUAGGGGAGAACCCCAAUGUCGGAGCGCAAAUUGAUGAUGUUGACUACAUUUCGAAUCCAAUUGUCGCUGAAUUUGAAAAGAUUGACAAUUUGAGAAAUGCCAUUUUGACCACAAUUUAUGCCAUUAUUAUUGAACAACCGCACAAGAUCAAUGCUAUUGGUAAUCUAGUGUUUAUAUGUAACGCCAAAAACUUUGUUGUUGCUAAAUAUGUGGUUGAGUAUCUACAUGCAAAAAUCCAAAUGCUAUUAGAUUCAGUUUGUGGAGCUGUGGUACCAGAGGCUGAGCAGCAAAAUAGCAGGAAAGAAGACGCUGGUGUUUUCAAUAAUAUAAAGAGUAUCAUCAAAUUUUUGAGUUGUAUCUCUCCAAUAAUUGAUGAAUACGCCAUAAUUAAUAUAUUCACUCAAUUCCUUCAAUUUGCUAUUGACUUGCAGGUUCAAUCGGGUGACAAGAGGAACGGGAUAGCCCAAGAAAUAUUCUACAACACAUUAAUUGCAGUGCCCUACUUGUUGAGCAAUGAUAAGUCUGAGGAGAUACAUGGACACCUCAAUGAUAUAAUUGAACUAGCUGACAACUUUCCUAUAGUCGAGCCGGAGUCUAACAGAAUAUUGCAACCUUUUGAUACUAGAAUGGGUAAUUUAGAUAUACCUUACCAGCCAAAAAAAUUGAUCAACUUGAUCCUUCCCUCAUUGAAAGUCUUGCAGAAGAAUGACUGGCAAUUGACGUUGUUUCUUGACUUUGAGCCAUUUUUGGAACCAAUUGUGGGGAGAGCUUUGGAAAAUAAUGCUAUAUCCAAGGAAGUCGUUAAGCACAAAUUACCACUUUUCCGUUUGCCCACAUUUGAGAAAAUCGAGAAAUACAAUCCAACUUCUGAAGAAAACAUUGAUAAAAUAUGGCAGCAAAAUCUGAGAAUCUUGUUUCAAGUUUAUAACCAAACCACUGAGUUUGAAACUGUGCCACCAAUUGAAUCUUAUAUUGGUUUAUUUUUUAAAGAUUUAUCAUUUGACAUUUUAACUAAUCUUUCGUUCAACAAAAACGAAGCAUCAAUUCAACUUUCAGCGUUGGAUUUAUUUUUCAGCAGUGAAUUAUUCGCGCCAGUGGGUACUUCGAUUGAUCAAUUGACUAUGAUUAAUGCCGAUAAUAAAAGCGGCGAAAAUGAUCCACCUUUAUCUACAUGGAAAAUUGAAGAUGUUGCUGUGGAAAGUAUUUUGACUAUGAUUUUCCAGCUCCCUAAAACGUUGCACAGGGAAAUUUACUAUUACACAGUGUUGAUUGCAUGUUGUAAAGAAAACACCGAAUCUAUGGCGCCAGUAUUUGGUAGAGCCAUUAGGUAUUUUUAUUCAAACUUGCAAACAUUAGACUAUGAACUAAAGUUGCGGUUUUUGGAUUGGAUGACUACACAAAUUUCGAAUUUCGAAUUUAGUUGGAAGUGGGAAGAGUGGAUCGAUGAUUCUCAAAGAUAUGCGAGAUUGAAAUACCAUCCUAAAAAGAAUUUCAUCAAGAAUUUGAUUGCAAAGGAAAUCAGAUUAUCUAAUAAGAAGAGAAUAAAGGAAAGUUUUGUUGAUGUUGUUGAUGGUGAAGUUGUGAAUUUUAAGGAAUUUUACCAGUAUUUGAAUAUUGCUAUGUUCCCUGAUGUUAGAGACUAUAUAAUUGAAUAUGACUCCGCUUUGUAUGGAGAUUCGCCCGAGAUUAAGGACAAACUAAGUGCAUUAUAUGAUAUGAAGCAGAUGUCGUUGCAGACAAAGACAAAUGUCAGUGCACAAGAUGAGAUAUUUUACAACUUUACAAAUCCAGAACUACCCUUUCAUGAGCUUGGUUCCAGAGCAUACGAAUUUAUAAUGUCUCAUCACAAGUCGAAUAAAGAGUUUAGUGGGCUAUGCAAUUCACUUAUUAGUGAUAUUGUAAAGUCGAACGAAAGGAACCAAUCGACGGACCAAGAUAUGGAGACGGAAGACAAGGGCGAAGAUAAAGACAAGGGCGAAGAUAAAGACAUGGGCGAAGAUGAAGAUAAGGACGAAGAUAAAGACAUGGGCGAAGAUAAAGACAAGGGCGAAGAUAAAGACAAGGGCGAAGAUAAAGAAAAAGAAGAGGAACACUCGGCAGCCUCUGCGCCUGCACCUGCACCUGCACCUGCUGCAUCUGCAAAAGUUAUUAUACCUAAUCCUGUCAAAUUUGCAAUCAACAUAAUCAUGCAAUCAUACUGUUAUAUUGGCUCAAGAUCCAUUUAUUCCGAGGUGAGCAUCCUAAGCAGAGAUGCAGAAAAGUUGAAAUUUCUCAGUGGUCAACCCAUUGAACAACCAAAGCGUGCCCCAUUACCCAACAUGGAAAACGAUUCUGAGUUUGAAGAGUUGAAAUUGGUAUCCAAUGAGGAGGACAAGCAAGAGAGACAGAAUUGGAUAAUUGAUUCCAUAUUCAGAAUCUGGGUUCAUCAGCCACAAGUUAUAUUUUUAGUAUUGGAGAGUUUAAUUGACUUUGGAGUCAUCAAUGCAGAACAAUUAUUGAUUAAAGCUUUUAAAGCUAAUCUUAUUAUUGACAAUGUUUCAUGUAUGGAAUCUAUUAAUCGAAUUUUGGAAAAUAGUGGAUCUAAACAAUUGAAAUCUUUGAUAUUUAUCUUGUUUAGAGCUAUAGUAGAUAAGUUGAAUGAAUUGGAUCUAGGUGUUGGUGAAGUUGUACAAAUUGAUGAACUAAGUGAGGAUAAUGCUAGUGAAGUUGAUAAGCAAUGGUUAUUCUACGAAUACUUGGGAUUAUUAAAGUGUUAUUUUAGAAAAUUCAUUAGGACUCAAGUAGAAAACGAUAAGGACUCUAACCCAGAGGGAACAAACUCAGAUGGAGACAAUUCAGAGGCAUUCUUUCAAAAAAUCAAAACUGUAUUUAAUGACCUUCAAAAUAUACCAACAAGAAUCAGUGUAUUGUCUUGGUUUGACGAAUUGAUAAGCUGA